AAUGCGCUCUAUCGAAUCGCAACGAGGACGGAAGUUAAUUGCCCCUUUUCUGAAAUCACGAACAACCACCAUCGAACGCAUUCUUCUCCCUUCCUUUAUGUACCUUGAGUCCGUCGUUCUCGUGUUGCGGUUUUAUCAUCGUUUUCGAUUCGUUAAAGCGAGGCGUUAUCGUGGCCCGUGUGCAUCGAUGUAAAACGCGAAAAGAGAAUUUAAAAACGAAGAAUAAUUACCGUCCGAAGUGGGCUCAUUUACGUACGCACGGUUUAACCUACGGCCAAGCCAGGCCGUUUUCAACCCCGUGGCCCACUCGGCUUUUUUACCCGUUUCAAGGAAGUUUUUUAAUCACCGCCACCCAGAGCCUCCGCGGAUAUCUGACGCGGAGGAUCGUAAUUGCAUUUCAAAACGGUGGCCGGUUACGCGUGGAAAACUUUCCCGACUGACUUUCGAAACCUUGACGCUCGUGGAAUCGUUUGAAAGCGUUUCGACGAUGAAUCGACGCGAAUUAAAUUCCAUCUCGAGCACGGUUCGCGGCGAGAAGUGGCCUCCCUGUCAAACUUUCAUAGCGGACGGCUGCUACAGUCAUGCAAGAUGUUCCUCUUCCAGUUCAUACGAAUUCCCUGGUCCAUGCGUUCUUCCGUUUCCUACAAAUUAUCCUAUGCAUCGACUCCUACGUUUUCACUCGACGGUGGAUAACUAAGGGGUAAAAGUUACCAGCAAUUCAUUAACAUUCAGAUGGUGGGUCAGCGUUGAAAAGAGCAGGGGAGAGUUCAUUGUGAACUCGCGUUAUUCCUGUUUAGAGGCGUACACGGAUCGUAAUUUCGACGCGGCGCCUUUGAACAGAUUUUCCCGCGGCCUCUGAGGAUGGACCAAGGGAACGUUACAUCUCUAUCAUUAAAAUUAGAAUGGUCGACGCUCAGAGGAAAUUACAGACCGCUGAGAACUUCCUACGUACCAUUGAAACUCGACGAAAAUCUAACAGCGUGGUUGCACGCGAAACGCGAACGAGAAAAUUCCGAAAAAUUUCACCUGGUCACAAUUUUUUUAAUCCCAACUUUCUUCUCUCCCUUUUCAUCCUUUUUCAAACUCUCGAAUAAAUAUCGCUUCGCAAAUUUCAAUAUCGCCGCACGUUUCAAUUUUUAUUAAAUGCAUCUUUUCACCUUAAUCCUUCUUCGGACUUUGAAGUUUACUUCCGUAGAGCCAUUGUUUUUUGUUUUAACAUCUAUUAAAAUAUGCUUAGCUUCCAGUAAGCCUCCGUGAAUAAUAUUCCGAACACUCUGCGAGCUAAUAAAUCCUGGUUGAUAUUCAUCGACACGUAAGGAGCAUCGAGUUCGAUUAUUCUCGGCGAAGAAGAAGGAGCAGACAUUAAUUCAUGGGAGUUUUUUUACGUGGAUUAUGUAGAUCGAGUUUUCUCGCUCGGCUCGGAUAUCGAGCAUCCUUAAAAUGUGCCAAAUACUGUAAAAAAUGUAACGAGCUGGCUUGAAAUUCGCCGAACCGACUCUGACAGCCUAAUUUUGUCGUCAACGGUCAAGGAAAUAAUCAGAGUAAUUUUUUUUACGUUCCUGUGUUCUAUCGAUGUCCCGUGGUUACACAGUCUCAUGAAUAUUUCAAUUCUCUUCGAAUCGAUAUGCGUUCAAGAAAAGAAAAUGUUUGGAGAGAUCGAUGCUCGAUGUUUUUACCGAUGAAAUUUCAACUGAAUAUUUUUAAACGUCAAACGAACGAUGGUGAAAAAGGAGAAAAUAAAAGAACGUAAUAUCGUGAUCGUUAACAGGUUACAGUUCGAUAAAUAUUAGAGUGAAAUUAAGAACAUCUUCCGUAGGGGGAGGUCUUUGACAAAGCACGAGGACUGAUUUUUUUCCACGCGAGUUCCUGCUACUCGUCAGCGCAUCGAUCCAAAUCUAGCUCAGAAUUACAAUUUAUAAUCGCGCGUAUAAAUCAAGAAACGAAUAAUUUUUAUUUCUGGGACGUUAUUCGUGCGCUCGCGGCGUUAACAAAGAGAAGGAAAAUUUGAUAUUUUAAAUUACCGCCGUGAAAUGAUAGUCAGGAACGUCUUUGAAAUUUGUCUCGUUGAUAAAUGUAUUAACUCGCUGGCAGAGUCUAUACGAAAAGCAUUUAUCGUAUCAGAGAUGGUUCCAGCAUGAACUACACGCUACUGAAAUGGUGAAACUUCGUCGAAGGAGAGAAGAAACGCGACACAUUCUAUCCCCCUAAAGAAAAAGUAACAGACGCAUCUGCGGUGAAUAGGCACUUCGUCCUGGGGAGGAAAAAUGGUCUCCGACCUGUUUGUGAAAACGGGAAAGCGUCGCUAUAUGUCAUACGCGAACGGUCGAUGUACCAUGGAAUGUUUCUGGGACAAAACACUGAAAAUAUAACCAAAUGAAAGCGGAGGAACGGGGAGAAGACACGGAGAAUCACAAGAUUGAAACCGUUGAAAAAAAGAAUCAUCGAACCGCGAAGAAAUCUUUUAAUACGAGUUUUUAAUCUCCUUCUGGUUCGAGUAUCCUACACGAAUUUAUCGUUUCAAUUCGACCGGUUUAAGGUCCGGUUCACGGAUCAGUGGAACACACAAUUUUCGCCUUUUCCGCGCGUUACAGCGUUCAAGGGAAGAAUAACUAUUUCCGUGGUGAAAGUGAGGCACUAUUUUUCGAGCUUCCUGUCCAGAUGGAGAUAAAUUGUCGCUGAAAUAGACCGGCCUCGUGGCUGCGCCCGUGAAUGCGCUCAUCGGCCCGAGGAAAGAUGAAUGAACUGCAGUUACCGACAGACGAAAUGUGCCAGAGCCUGCGAGAAGGAUACGACGAUGUUUGUAUUCCGUGCGAGAAAUUGAAAUUCCUUCGAAUCUCGAAGAAAAACCCGAUACUUUUAGUCCUUGCCUUUUCCGACUCUGUGCAAGUGGAAAUUCGUAUCGUACACAUCGGACCGGGACUUUUAUCUUCCGAGAUGGGUGUCCCAAAAUAAUUGAUCUCGUCGACGUAGAUGCAUAAUUUUGACCCUUUCGAGCGAUUACCGUGAGUAGCCCGCGAACGGUUACAAUAACAAGCGUGGAUCGAUCCAUACGGACAGUUCUUAUCCGCAAAUCCGAUUCUUUCUCGUACGUACGCUUUUUCUGCCUUCGGCUUCUCAAGGCUGCCAACCAAUAUCUGAGUAAGCUUCUCAGAAUCAAGUGCCCCUUUCCCUCCUAUCCGGACCUAUUCAGGGGAAAAAACGAGCGUCGAAGACAGCGAGUGCUUUGAUCGCUUCGAGUUCCCCGAUAAUCACCUUUCAUAACCGCGUUUUUUUCUCAUUACCCUCUUCGUUUAUCCGUGGUAAUUCUCGCGGAUAUCGGUCCCAGUUCGAAUCAAUCCCUCGGGUACUUGGCUGCCUCGAGAAGGAUAUAUUCCUCUCUGGCGUCUACGUGGCUCGUUGUUAAGGGGAUUUAUGACCGUGGCCGGAUGCUUUGGCAUAAACGAGACCGAGCGUAAUACGAAAAUAAUGCAAAUGCUGCGAGCGAAUGCGACGAUACAAUUUGGGAGAAGCCAAGGGAGGAACAACGACAUUCAUGUGCUAAGAGGACGGUGAAUCGCCGACGACCUCGGCUCUAUCCAUAGUUUUGGUCUUGUCUCGAGGAUCAGGUAUUUCGAGUUCGGUUCGUGAAUGGAACUCGAAUGGAACUUUAGGGGUUAACCGUCCUCGAAGCCUCGGAAUGUCAGGUAACUUCUAAACUAUGAGGUAUGGACAAGAUAUUGUUACGCUUUCUCUUCGAAUCACCAAAUAAAAGAACUUUCGCGGUGCAUGUCACGAUGAUCAAUUUGAAAAUAUUUGAGACGCGAACAGGAAUGUCCGGAACGAAAGUAUGGAAGUUGCUAACAAGGCAGUGGACUACGAGGAACGUGUUAAUUGCAGCGGUACUCUAAAGAAUUCGGUCACGCAAGUCGCGAAUACGCGAAUGGAAAUUCACGUCUGAAUUAAUUUGAGCGCAGUUUCGAUGCAACCUGUCCAUCCGACGCUUACACGCCUUGGUUGUUAACAGGAACCGCGAUCGAAGCUGCUUCAUUGUUCGCUUAACUCACGAUAACGAACUAAUUGCCCCUAUUAACGAGUCCUCGCGCCUCGCUGGUUGAUCUCCCAGCCACGAAACAGUCCGAGAAACAUUCUCUCGGUAUUGUUCGAACGUGCGCCAUGCGGACCAUCUUUGUCCUUUCGUUUCUGUUCUUGUGUCAAGUUCUACGAUGUCCUUUAGACUGCUCCGCCUACGAAAGGAACAAGAGGUACUUGGUCUAUCCAGCACCUGGGAAAAUAGUCCCCACUAAAUUACAGUUAAUCCUCGGCCUCGGUUUACCUAUGGAAGUCGACGUCAGCCUGAUUAUGGGAUAUGUGGUGAAAUUUAAUUACGCCCUACCCUCUAACGCAUCCUACUUGACGGAUUCAUAUGUUCGCUAUGACAGAUCGAUCAGUCCCGGUGUCCAGGUCGACGAGAAUGACGAAUCCUCGCUGGAUCAUCAAGUAGAGGAACCGAUCAUUAACAGAUGGGAAAUCUACGAAAUCCUCGAGUCGGUUCUCGGUGAUUCGCGAUCCGGCAAGGCCUGCCUUUUAAGAGCGAUCUGCGAGGCUUCCGCCGUUCCUUUCAGCCGUGUUCACGGUCUCAGCUCUCAGCUCAUUCAUCUUCUCCUCACGCCUUCCAGCACGUCCGAACCUUUCAGAACCAGCUAUGAUCGAGUGUAUCGCGCGGCUGAAAUCAUGGGUCGACAGGCAAUUACCUCUUGCGACAAUUUAUUCCCGGAAUGCUCGGAAAGUCCCUUGGAGUAUUUCACCGAGGUCCAUGAAUAAACAUCCGAUUAACAAAAAAGACUGACAGCUUGUGUUCAUCGAUAUUCUACGUUCUCAUAAAUAAUCUGUAAAACUGACAAACGGAAAUCUGUACCAAAAAUAAAGUAAAAAGUUUUGUAAACGCGAUUCUCUUCCUAUAAUCCAUCACACCGGAGAUAAGAAAAUGUCACGAUGGUUUUAACGAACUCGUGGAACCUCCAAAGAAUGUGAACUCGCGGUUAAUCGAGAGUUCAAAGAAGGCUGGACGCGUUAGAAAACAAAACGAAGAAUCGAUUGGUAGCUGCGGUCGAAACGGAAGGUUCUAU